UUGCAUACGAAAUGUGAAGCAGAGGCAAAAAAUUCACAAAGGAAAGCUAUAAUCGACGUGUCGAUCCCAUUCGUUCGGGAAAAAUGUCUCGCUGCUUUUGAGUUGGCUUUUGACAAAGGGAAUGACAAAGCUGCUCACUACGCCGUCGAAGGAGUUCAGGUCCUGCUUCGCGAUACUCGUUUUCACUCCACAUCAAUCGAGAGUCCAAAUCACAGCUUACCAACUCAGGUGCUCAGUUCAGUGACUGGUGUGGCUCAGUGGAACUCUCAAUUACAAUGUCACUGUCUCACGCUGUUGGUGGAAAUGGUUUGCUCUACCGAACUACGAGUAUCUCUGCAGGAAGUCGAAGAAUGCUUAGAGCUGUACAUGAGGGUAUUCGGCUCGACUCGUGACGAAUCUGCCCGUGUGUCCGCUCGGGCAGCUGUCUCUCAGUCCAUAACUGGUUAUUGUUCUAAUAGAUACUCAGCCGCAGUAGAUUGCACACCGUUUCAGGAAGAGUCGCAGAAUGCCUUGUCGGUUUACAUGGACGUGACGAAGCUGCUCGAAAGCUACGUGGCCAAGUUGGAGCAGCUGACGGCGUCGUCAGACCACAGUGUGGUACUGUUUGAUGCGGUGAACGCACUGCUCACCGCACAGCCUCUUAGCGUUGUGAAGCACACUCCGUUUGUGAACUUACUGUGGGAGAAGCUUUGUCCAUUGAUGAUAAGACUCUUUGGUGUCCCGGAUAAAAAUGUCACAAAUGCGACGAUUAGCAGUGAAACGCCUCUGGGACAAGGACAGAUGGCAAAGUUCACGCUCAGUCCAGCAGUGGUCGCAAAUCCCGAGGCCACACGACUUAUGUACCAGAUUCUGGAUCAGCUUGUGCGCAUCAUGGCUGGAAUUCCGUCCGUGUAUCCGGUUUUGGAAGCUUUGUUUCACAAAGCGUUCCUCUUCCCAAAAAUUGAGCAAAGGACUGAAGCUAUCAGAAUUAUUAAAAAGAUGCUGUCAGAACGACGACGCGUAGGUGACAUCGUGUCGUCGUGUGUGCGCUCCCGCUCACUGAGCCUGUGGCGGAUGUUGCUGGUGUGCAUGGCGGAGUGUGCCCAGCCCCAGCACGAGGUCUCCAUUGAAGCGGUGCGCGCAUGCGGCUCCAUGGUAAGUCAGUGGUCAAGUACUUCAGUGUUUGAGAACAGCAGAGAAACGAACAGGUAUUGUACCAAAUACCUCAAACCGAUCAGUGAAAACGAUGUGACGUCGGUGACGUCGGAUAACGACGAAUCGACUGAGAAGAUCACUGCUAGGAAGUUUGUGGACUCUUUGAUGGAUCGCAUUGCUGAAUGGAGUAAAUUUAAAUCGACAUUGGAAGUGGAUGAUGCGAUUUUGGAGUUCUCUUCAGGAUUCUACAACGUUUUUUCGGCCAUGCAGAACGAAGCCUUCAAAUUGAAGUCGAAGGCACAGCUUGAGUUCCUGAACACCGAUGCCAUCUACAUCACCGUUUACUCAACUCUUUGUCUCGCUUUACGUGGAAAAGAAGUUGUACCAUGGGUAGGAGCCUUCUACAGAUUUUCUUCCCAAUUGGCUGACCGCUGCGGUUGGAUUUUUGAAAAGCUUGUCGAGUCGUCGUGUGAUGUCGAUGAACUACGAACGUUUGCUGAAUCAGAAGAUCAGAAGCGUGUUCGAGUCCUCAACCGUGAGGAUCUCUUAAGCAUGCAACUCGUACUGGACAGUGCUUUCGUCUCGAUCCACGCUCCAGAAUGUUGGAAACAUGUGAUAAGAUGCAGUGAGUAUAUAUGGGAAUUGGAGAAAUUCAUCUAUGGAGCUUUGUGUUACGAGAAGCCAUCACGAUUCAGUUUCAGCAGAAACAAGCAGCCCGCUCAGCCAUCUUUACAUGAGGAGAUACAGGUGAAUGUUUGA